CUGGAAAUGGCGACACAAUCUGUCACUGCAGCGGUCUUCGAUCUCAAUGACGUUCCUAGAGAUGUAGACGAAGAAGACGGCGACAACUUGGACUGUUACAUCUUCUCCGUCCCUCUCUCCUCCCGUGGUUCCACAAAACGCGAAGCCAUCUCCGUCGAGAGUUACGACCGUGAUCGUCACCUCAGAAUCAAAUCCGAAUCGCCAAUCAUCAUAGAUCUUGACCAAUACAAUGACGGAGAUGAUGAUGAUGAUCUCAAAAUCCUAUGUUUCCCUCCAGUUCACAAAUUCCUUGAAAAAGGUGAGUCCUCAAAUAGCAAUCCCUGCAGACCCUUGACCUUCGAUUGUGAGAUUUGUGUUGAAUCAAAACCAACAGUUGAGUCAUUUCAAAUCAGUGGAUGCCGUCACUCUUACUGCAACGCUUGCGUUUCUAAAUACAUCGCUGCUAAAUUACAAGACAACCUACUUUGCAUCGGUUGUCCUGUUUCUGGUUGUUCAGGGCGGCUUGAGCCAGAUCAAUGUCGUCCAAUCCUGCCGCCAGAGGUUUUCGAUCGGUGGGGAGACGCUCUUUGCGAGGCGGUGGUGAUGCGUUCAAAGAGGUUCUACUGUCCGUACAAGGACUGCUCUGCUCUGGUUUUCUUGGACGAGGGAGAAGAUGGCAAUUUGAAGGAAUCGGAGUGUCCUCAUUGCAAUAGAAUGGUGUGUGUAGCGUGCGGGACGCAGUGGCAUCCCGAGAUAACCUGCGAGGAAUUUCAGAAGCUAGCUGAUAACGAAAGAGGAAGAGACGAUAUUUUGCUGAAGAAAAUGGCAGAGUCUCACAAAUGGAGAAGAUGUCCUUCUUGCAAAUUCUACAUUGAAAAGUCUCAGGGUUGCUUAUACAUGAAGUGCAGGUGUGGGUUAGCUUUUUGCUACAACUGUGGCACACCAUCUAGGGACCAUUCUCAUUAUUGUUAUAGUUGCAAGCGUUGA